AUGUGCUCGGCGCGCCGGGUCCACCGCACGGCUCUCGGAUUGGCCGAGAUUCGGCGUGCUUGGGCGGGGACCCCCGCGGGUGCACCCCGGCGGAGCCCUGGUGCAGGGGCGGAGGCUGCGGUGCAUCGUCGGCGAGCGAAGAUGACGAACGCGCCGCCGAAACCGGCAACAGUAAUCGAGGAGACACGUCGCCGCGGGGACGGACUGCAGCAGACCAUAGAUAUGCACACGACGAACGCUGCACUUGCCGGUUGCACCGUCACCAUGGACCAGUUCGCCGCCGACGAAUACCUGCAGCCGCAGCAUCAGUACGCCGCCACCGCAUCCGCUGCUUCCACCGACUACCACUGCGGCAGCAAUCCCUCCGAGUGCGAACCGGCCGCCGCCGCCGCGUACCCACAUCACCAUCACCAUCACACGCACCACUCGGCCAAGGACGGAGGUGAAUACUUCGCGGAACCUUAUUACUACGACACGGCCGCCGCCGCCGCCGGCUAUUGCGGAGGAUACGGUGGUCCGUACGACGCGUACAGCGACCACAACUGGUCAUCGUCGCCACAGGAAUAUAAUUCAUCGUCCGGCGCUGGCGGGGUCGCCGACGUGUCGCAACCGUACUGGACGCCGGCGGACGUCGGAGGACCACUGCAACUGACGCCACUGACUCUACAGCCACCCCCGCCGCCACAAGCUUCACUAUUGGUCCCGGAACUGGCCGGUUUCUGCGACGUCAACGACUUCCGGUCUGCCGAACACGGCUUAUUGCAGUUUCAGCCCGGUCGCGGGGCUACCGACCAAACCACCUGUAUGACCACGGCCACCGCCGCUGACCAAUUCUUCAGUAAGUAUAUGCGCUCGUCCACAUGCGUCUACACCCUAAGCGUAACUGGGGGAGCUUAG